UUAUCGAUGGGUGUGUUCUCUUGCAACUAGAUCUCACAAAACCAGAUAUUGUAUGGAGUCUUCCACUUGGCCAGAAAGUUUACCAAGUAAUAGGAUCAAAGCAAUUCAAGAGCUUACAAAAGGUCAAGUAUUAACCAAUAAGCUUCGUGAAAUGCUCGAUCGACCUGAAAAGAUCGAAUCUGAUAUCGAUUCGGUCAACGAUGUGGUAGUACAGAUCUUAGGGAUGUUUGAUAACACCCUUUCGAUCUUGAGCCCUUCUAACCUCAAUGGGAUUCCUCAUAAUCCAACUAAUGAUGUGAGAACUCCAAACAUCUCGGAUGAUCAGAAGUCAGAAGUUUCUGAAGAAAGCGUCAAGAAUAUGAUAAGUGUAAAACCAAAAAGAGGAUGUUACAAAAGAAGAAAAAUUAGUUCAACUAAAACAAUAUUUACUUAUACUUUGACUGAUGACGGAUAUGCUUGGAGAAAGUACGGGCAAAAAGUGAUUCUCAACUCGAAACAUCAAAGGAAUUACUUUAGAUGUAGUCACAAGUUUGAACAAGGGUGUAAAGCAACCAAACAAGUUCAAAAGACUGAUGAUGAGCCAUCAAAGUACAAGAUAACAUACAUUGGAGUUCAUACUUGCAAUAAUUUUCAAAAGGCUCAAAUCAUUGAGGAAGCUCUAGAGCCUAUGGAUAAUUCAUUCCUAAUUAGUUUUGAAAAAAAUACAACUGUGAAGAACAGUAAAAUGGGAACUUGUUUCCAACCAAUGAAACAUACAUCCAAGGAGGUUAAUCCUUCUUUAAGCUAUAUGAAAUACGAACAAGUUUCUUUCUCUGAUCAUGACACUCCAUGGGAUCCGAUCGUGGGAGUCUCACAAGUUCCAUCAGAACCUAUGUCUAUAAUCUCAUCCGUAUUAGAUUGUGAGAACAUGGUAUCUCCAGGGGUAUUGUCGUCUACAUGUAGUACACAUGGUUAUGGCGAUAUUGCUAAAUGCCAUGAUCUUGAUGAUUUCCUUUUCUAAUUGUCUUCGUAGCUAGUUACUUUUUACAACAUUAUGUAAUAUCUUCAAUAACGUAUAGAUGGCACUGAAAUGUAAUAUUUGUUUAUGAAAUAUAUUAAUAGUUAAAUUAGGUUUAGCUUGAA